AGGCAGCAGCAUGCUGGGCUCGGUGCAUGCGCAGGGCGGACGGGGAUGCUGUGCUGCCAGAGCCGAGAGCUGCAAGGCCGAGGUGGACCGUCUGCCCUGCUUACGGCGCCUCUUUCUUAGCUGCAAUAACAUCAGCAGUCUCCACCAGCUAGGCUGCUCCGGGGAGUCACUCUCCCUUUCCGAGCUCACCCUGGAUGGGAACCCUGUAGCCCUGAAGACAUGGUACAAGCAGGCUGUCCUGCGCUGUGUGCUUCACCUCAGACAGCUGGAUAUGAAGCGCAUCACGGACGAGGAUCGGCGCAUGGCUGGUGUGCAGGCCCGGAAAGAGGAGGAGAAGAAGAAGGAGAGUCACAAGCAGACCAUUCACAAGGAGAAGCGGCGUCUUGCCAUCCGUAAUGCGGCACAUCAGUGGGAGGGCGUUGUCGCCGCCAGCAUGGAGCUGCUGCCGCCGUCAUCAACAACAAACAGCGCCAAAGAAGAAGUCAGCCCAGAGAACAGCCCUGCCCACUGCCCCACACAGACCAACGGCCUGGCUCAGGAGCCUUCGCCGGACGAGCCACGACGGGUCAGUCCGGGAUUUGGACCAGAACGAGUGACAAGUGGACCGGAUAGCCGGUUCCGCACCAACAGCCGUCCAAACAGCCCUCGAGAUCCAAAGCUCACGGAGGCAGGGAGCGUGACGAGCCUGUCGCUGUCCGAGAGUCAUCUGGCUGAGCUGGAUGGCGACACCCUGCGCUUGUUCGGCCUCGGCGCCCUGGACGCACUGGAGAGGGGGUGGGGGGUGCAGACGGCUGGUGCAGUCACCGUUAUCGCCUUCCGCUACAUCCACUUUGACGCCAUUGUACCGAUGCUGCCGAGGAUCAGGGUCAAGUUCCCCAAUCUGGUGCAUCUAAUUUUCCUGGAAGCCAACAUCAGCCGCCUGCCGCAGCUGGCCGCCCUUGCUCAGGUUCGGCGUCUGGAUCAGCUGACCGUCCACCCGCAGGGCAACCCGGUGGUGGGCCUGGCACUGUGGCGCUCCUUUGUCAUCUACCGCCUACACCACUUUAACCUGCAGAGAAUCAACGGCCAGGAGGUCACCAUGAAUGACGUCAUUGCCGCCGAGCGGGUCUUUGGGACACUGGGCCACGUGGCGGCCACCGAGACACCGCGCUGCCGCCUCCUCCUGCUGCUGGAGGAGUCCAGGAAGCGGCAGCUGCAGUUCCUGUUGGAGGGGCGCGGCCGGCGCACGGGGCUCAGCCCGGAGGAGCUGCGGGACAACGGGAAGCUGGUGGGCGAAGGCCUGAGCCGAGCGCUCUUCAACUAUCCCAGCCGGGACGGCAGCAUGGACAGCCCGGAGGAGAGCACCACGGAGGCGUCGGAGCGCGCCGCCACAGUGGACCUCUACUUACAGGAUCUGGUGCGCCGGGCGUCCGAGACCAACGUGAAGGGCGAGGCCCUGCACCACUUGUGGCCCGCUAUGUUCGCCGAGAUGGUGCGCGACUGUGUGCUGGAGAUGAGCGACCUAGCGGCCUUCCGCCAAGCCAGCCUUGCUAAGCUGUCCAAAUGAAUGAGGACAGGUCACGAUGGCCAUCUUGACCAGUAACCACACACAUAGUCACGUCUGGACGUUUUCACAAGCACCUUCUCCACAUGGACCACUUUAAGGACUUGUUAAUUGAAUGUAGUUGGGACAGCUUUGAAAUGACCACAAUCUGUUUUGAAUGACCUUUGCUGUGUCUUAAACCUCAUAUGUUAAUCUCCCAUGUGUCCUGCCUGAUAGAAGACGGAAAGGCAAAAACAAAGACUUUGUUUUAAAAACACUGGAUUUCUCUAUUGUAUUGCACUUAGUAUUAAAAGAUUCUCU